AUGACCCUCCCCUCCGUGGAUCGUGUCCUUUUUGGCGACGCCCACAGGGUCCAAUCUUCGCCACUACCCCGCGGCCAUCUCAAACAGAAUGUCCCCCACCGAAUCCUUAUGAGCAGUCAGACGCCAUUCUGCACGACGAACGGAGCACACUUCUUUUUCCGGCGGCCAGGACAGGGCACCCUGGAACCUGCAUCAAACAGUCCUUCAACCGCUCCUGCGGCGCGGCACUUUGGAGAGCCGGUAUUGGUCCAGGCGCCUCACCUCGUCGUUGCCGACAGCACAGUCCUGGUUGGACGGGUUGGACCGGGUUUUGUCAAACAUUGGGGCCAUGACAUCGACGGGUCUGUCACGGUUCCAGACGGCAGGCCACUGUCUUUCGUCUAA